AUGGUACCUAGUAAUAAUGCAUAUGAUGGACUUGAAACACGGAAAGGCAGAAUAUAUGGCCGACAAACUGAGCAUUCAAUGGAAUAUUUAGGAAUUCAAUAUGCUACGACAAAUCGAUGGCAACCACCGAUGGAUCUUGCCUCUGAACUAUUUUCAAAUCGUUCAUUGGAAGCAACUUCAUUUGGUCCAUGUUGUCCUCAGCGAGAUACUGGAAUAUAUAUACCUAAACAAGAUGAACAAUGUCUUUAUUUAAAUAUAUUUACACCAUUAAAGAUAUCACACGAAUCUUUACUGGCAGUUCUUGUUUGGAUUCAUGAUGGUGGUCUCACCAGUGGCUGCUCAACUCAAAGUAUUCCGCUACUAUACAAUGGUACAAAUAUAAUUCGACAUUCACUUCAACAACCAGUCAUUAUUGUAACAAUUAACUAUAGAUUGGGUAUAUUUGCUGAAAUGUACCUGACUGAAUUAAUUGAAGAAAAUUCUGAAUGGCCUACAGCAGGAAAUUAUAACUAUUUAGAUAUUUUAUCAGCAUUACGUUGGAUCAAUCGUAAUAUUCAUGAUUAUGGUGGUGAUCCAAACAAUAUUUUACUAUUUGGAGAAAGUUCGGGAGGACGAACUGUUGUUGAUGUGGGUGCAUUAAAAGGAUCUUCAAAUAUCUAUCAUCAUAUUAUAUCACAAUCGGGUGCAUUGGCUACUUCACUGUUCUAUUCAAAAAUGAGUUUUGCUCUGCAAAAAUCAAAUGAAAUUGUUGAACAACUUAACUGUUCGAACCAUGAGAGUGCAUCAUUCCUCACAUGUCUACGUAAUACUGAUACUAAUGAUUUACUAAUGGUUUAUGGUAAUCGUCCAUUGAAAUCGGUUAUUGAUGGUUAUUUUUUCUCGUAUUAUCCAUCACUAGCUAUUCAAAUGGGAACAUACAAUGAAAACAUAAAUAUGAUAAUGGGUGCCAGUAAGUUCCCUGGACGAAACCGAGCAGCUACAGUUAUAAAUUAUUUCGAAUUAAAUAACUGUUCAUCAAGUGUAAAUGAUACAAAUCGUUGCUGUGAUAUAACUCGAUUUAUUAUAAAUGCUUUUAUUAGUUGUGGUUUUCAUCGCGUAUACAAAAAUAUCUAUUUGAAAUAUGAUACAGAAGAUCAUAAUUUGUUUUGGUAUACUAUGGAUUGUAAUUCAGGAAUAUGUCCUAAACUAUCGAAAGAAGAAGGUGCUGGUCUUUGCCUGCAUGCAUCCGAACUUCCAUUCGUAUUUGGCACUGAAAGUGAUUAUCGAUCGAUGAAUCCAAUUAAUUGCACAUGGGAUAAUCAAACACGAAUAUAUUCAAAUAAAAUUAUUUCACAUUGGACAAAUAUGGCUGCAUAUGGAAAGCCAUUAGAACUGUGA